UCCAUCAGCCAAUGAGCAUCAAGUUUUGUUCAUCCUUGUGAUGGUCGUCAGCUAUAUGGCGAAGAGAAUCAUAAAUUGUAAACAAACAUUAAACCGAGGAGAAAACCCAGAAAAAUGAGGAAUAUAUAAAAUAAGCGACUGGCAUCCUCAUAUAAACGGUUUACUAUAAAGGAAGAAGGAAAGGAAGUAAGAAAUGAGGAAGGAGUGAGGAGAUUUAAUAUACAGGAGAGUGAACUGAGUGACCUUCCUUAAUGGACUGUCAAGUCAGUACCAUGAGACGCAGCAAAAUAAGUAAUGGUUCUGGUAGGACCAAUACAACAUCAACUGUUACUAAAGGCAAUGGGACUGAUGAAGUACCUUACAUUAAAACAGAACCAGCCAUUAUCUUAGAGGAACUGACACAUAUGGAUGAAUCUGCUUUUGUGUUCUGUGAGAAUGACGGCAACCAGAGUGAUGACCUGACAGACGGGGACCAGGUUAUUACUGUGUCACAAGAAGACGAUGAUUGCCUGGGCACCAUUUGCCAAGUUUGUAAUAAAACGUACAAAAACAAGAGAAGCUUGUCUACUCACCUACGAGUCAAACACAAUCUCUCUGCCCAGAGUAGGGCUAAAAUGCCAUGUUUAGAGUCAGGAUGUGAGUUCCGUGGAAAUCGCAUAGCAAGACUCAUUUCUCACCUGAUUCGAACUCACAAAAUGAAAUUCCAAUGCGAGAAAGUAACAUUUCAGCAGAAAGAAGAUUUCUGGAAGUGGAAGAAGGAGGCUGAGGAGAGGUGUCGGGCAUCUUACUCUGCACAGACUUCUGCAAAGACGAUGGUGUCCGGAGACGUAAAGUUUUUCCUGCGUUGCCGACGUAGUGGUUUCAUAAAGUCCACUGAUGCUAAAUCAUUGAUGCCACGAUCUCGCUUUAUGAAGAAAGGCAGCAUGAAAAUUAAUGCUGUUUGCACCUCAUUUAUGGAAGUGAUGUUCAUGAAAGAAGGUGGUGCCACAGUUCACUUCUGCAGGACUCACUAUGGUCAUGAUGAGGAUGGCUCUCAUCUCCGGAUGAACAAUGAGGAAAGAGACAUGAUCAAAGAUCUUAUUCUUGAAGGUUUUUCUGCCUCAAAGAUCAUUGCCAUCAUGAAAACACGUAUGCCUGUUCACCGCCAUCAACUCCUGAAGUAUGCCAAUAUCCGCAAUAUAUCUGUCAGACAAAAUCUUUUUAUGACCCGUGGCAAAGGACUCGUUGGUAGCAGUCGACGGGUGUUCUUAAGGAAGAUUCCAAAGUGCCUUUUAGUAAGACCAGGAGAAGAUUCUUCCAUGAGCUUACAAGUAGAAAAUGAAAUAGAGGUGGAAGCAGAAAUGGCAGAAGCAGAUAGUUCAUACCCAACCUUGAUUGUCCAAACAUAUUCUCAGGGGAAUGUGUUUAGGGAAAACAUAGAAAAAUUGAAAGAAUUAAGAAACGAAAUUCAAACUAAAAUUGAAAGAAUAUCAAGAUUAGCAUCAGGUUUGGUUUCAGAUACAGCACUAAGACGUUUAAGUGAAAGUUUAGAUAAUGUAGCAAAAAAUAUAGAGAAUGAGAAGCACAUAGAAGUUAUUCCAGAAAGUCCUGAUACCACAAGUGUAAAGCAACAGAAUAUAGUCUUACAUAAAGAUACUGAUGGGAACUCUGUGCUUCUCUUGUGCUCGAACAAAAAUAUUGAGGAUCUUGUAGACAGCAAAAAUGUGAAUAUAGAUUGGAAACAAAAUUUAAAUGUAACUAUAAAAAAAGAAGUACAGUAAUUUGAAAUGUAAUGACUGUUACAAUUCUUAAAUGUUCCAUCAUCUUCAUAUGGCUUCAAUAAGCCAAUUGGGAAAGCAACAGAAAUAUAAGCAUUAGACAUCCUUGCUUGGAGGACAAUGGCUUCUGUGUUGCGACAAGUUAUGAUACUGGUAAUGCAGGCAAGUGAUAUCUGACAUGGUUAUUCACACUAAACACAUUUGGGAGAUAUUUUUAGCUUUUGUCAUUCUGUCAAAUAUGAUGAAGAGGAGCUUAAUAUGUUUUAUAAGUAUAUCUUGACAAACAGGAUUUUGUUAAGAUAUGCCUAUGAAUGUUGCCACAGCUUUUAAUUGAUUAUUAAUAUGUAAUGUGCAACCAAACUUUUCAUUUAUACUUAGUACUGUAUGUACUGUACUAUUUUAUUUUAUUUUUUUAAUAUCUUAUAGCUUAUAUAUUGGGGCAAAUUUAUACAUCAAUAAUUUCCACCACACCAUUACCUAAUUUAACAAUGUUAAUAAUAAUUCUACAGAUUGAAUUUUGUUUUAUUUUAACCAUAGGUUACUGCCACAGACUUAUUGCAUAGUGAAAUAAGAUCUGAUUGUUGGGCUACUUCAUGGAGUCUCAAGUGUUCAUUCUGUGGCAAUUUCCAGACAUGACAGGAUUAGAUUUAGUGGCAUGGUUCUGCCUAAGACUGAUGAAUCAUUAAAGGAGAAGGGAAGUCCCAUGACAACAGCACAAAUUUACUGUACAGUGUUAGGCAUGUAGGCUUGAGGUCAUACACCCUGUCAUUUGUGAACCAGUGAUUUAUGGUAUAUUUAGCAGAAUUGCCUAAAUUCACCAUUCUGUAUUACUGAUGGAGUUGAUUAUUCUGUUUGUAAAAUUAAUCAUUACUAUUACAGUAGGCAAACAUUCUACCUCUAUUUAUUACUGUUAUUUUACAAAUAUAAUUCAGGAAUAUACAUAAAAUAUAUACCAUAUGUUUAGCUAUUAAAAUGUAACAUGUGCAUGAUAACAGUGUUUCUCUGUCUUAAAUUGGAUACAAUGGAAUAGAAACAUGACUUGUGAAAUAGGAAUAGAACUUAACACAACCUAA